ACGGAUGCACAAAGGUUCUUUGUUGCUCCUGGAUCCAAUCACACGCCGCGGGUAGAUCGCCAUGAGUGUUUCAGCCAAUCAGAAGGCGUGGAGAGACUGGAGCAAGGCGUUUCAUUUGGAUGCUGCGAGCGUGCGCGCGCGCUGACCGACUAUGUGUGAAGAAUUCAUCCCCGGCCUGGUAGCCUGGUACCACGCGUGCAAGCAAACGUCCUUCUGUUCUGACUGGACACCGCGUAAAGCUGCAUUUCCCGACUUGAGCACCGCGAUCUAUUGACGCGCACCCGACACCGAGGCACGAUGUAAUAACAUCACUAUUAAUAAAAAAUCCUACAGUUCAGGGAUGCGUCUCGGAGCCACGCCUGCACGAGAUCUGCGCAUAAACAGGUAUGUUACCUGUGGACCUCGAGGACUUCAGGUUUAUCAACACAUGCUGUCCUUGUGUAAGGGAUCCAGUCGCGCGAUGGCAUGAUUAUCUGGAGGAUCCACAAAAGCGACUUACGGCAUGUCGAUCACCCGAAAUGCUCCAUUCACUCGGAUGACAACACGGCCGUAUCUGAGACAUUUAGACCAUCAAACCAACCUGGCUUCUAGUCUACACCGGAUCUAGUCUGCUUUUGGGAUCUUUUCUGCAGCCGCUUUUAGUGCAUGAUUGUCGGCGUACUGGAUCUCAGACAAAGAGCGUCCACCGAGUGGAUGUGAGAACACGGAGACACCGUUAUGGCCUCUAUUCGCUUGCACGGAUUGGAUCAGCUGCCCGAAAACGGCAGUGUAUCGCGAACACCGGAGACUCACAGCCCGAAGCUGCUUUCUCAGGUGGACACCGCUGUGCUGCCCUUCCUCGGGGGCUUCGGUCGCUUUCAGAAGCGUCUUGUGGCUCUGACAUGGCUUCCUGCGUUGCUCAUCGCUUUCGGUCAGUUUUCGGAUUAUUUUCUCCUCGCGCAGCCCGAGAGCAAAUGCGUCCAACCGAGCGAUCAUGCAAGAAACGAAAGCGGCUUGAGCGCGAGCCCCUGGCCGCCGGGUCUGUUCGGUAACGCGUCGCGCGCUGAGAGCAGCAGCAGCAGUGCGCGGUGCAAAUGCGCCGAACCGAGGUUUGAGCUCCAGCUAGGACUGCAGCAGAAUGUGGUCACUAAGUGGCAGCUGGUGUGUGAUGAGGAGUGGAAGGUUCACAUUGCCAAGUUCUCACUGCUGGUGGGCUCCAUAUUUGGUUACCUGCUAAUGGGUGCUUUGGCGGACUGGAUAGGUCGUAUUCCGGUGCUGCUUGUCUCGGUGUUGUCUGUGCUCGUGUUUGGCUUGUGUGUGGCCUUCUCUGUGGACAUGGCCAUGUUUAGUACUCUACGCUUCUUUCAGGGCUUUUGCCUCGCUGCCAUCCGACUCUCCCUCUAUGUGCUGAGGAUUGAGCUGUGUUUGCCCGCUUGGCGCUUCUCCAUGACGAUGGUUGCCAGCCUGGUGGUGGUAGGAGGACAGCUGCUGAUGCCAGGGUUGGCAGCGCUGUGCCACGAUUGGCAGGUUCUUCAGGUCCUCAUCAUCGUUCCUUUCAUCCUAAUGCUUCCUUACAUUUGGGUUUUUCCCGAGUCUCUGCGCUGGUUGUUGGCCACGCAGCACUAUCACAGGGCCAAGAGGCAAAUGUACUCGAUCGCCCGUAGUAACAAGGUGGACACUGCAACUGACCCUAAAGGGAUUCUCACAGAGCUGGAACGCGAGCUGCAGCAGAAGCCCAGAACCUCCUGUAUUACACAACUGAGGAGCACAAGGAACCUGUGGAAGAGCACCGUCGUGCUGUGUGUUAACUCGCUGACAGGCUAUGGUAUCCACCACUGUUUUGCACGCAGUGUUCUGGAGGGCAGCACCUCUCACCUGCACUAUUACGCUCUGGCGGGCAUCGCCAUGGCCUCGUGUUUGGUGCUGUGUCCAGUAGUGGCGGCUUUCGGCAGACGAGGCGGCCUCCUCACCUUCAUGAUCAUCACAGCGCUCGCCUCACUGCUGCAGCUCGGCCUGCUCAGCUUAAUCGGAAAGUACAGUCUCCGGCACAAUACAGUUCUCAGGGACACGUUAAAUCAACGGUUCUCUGUGGCGUUCUCCAUCAUCGGAAUGUUCUCAUCUCAUGCCGUCAGCACUCUGAGUAUCUUCUACUGCACAGAGAUCACGCCUACUGUCAUCAGGGGUGGAGGUGUAGGUCUGGUCCUGGCUAGCGCAGGAUUCGGCAUACUAACUGCUCCACUUAUGGAACUUCACAACCAGAAAGGUUUCUUCCUUCAUCAUGUCAUCCUCACAUGCUGCACUCUCCUCUGCAUCAUUUGCAUUCCACUGCUGCCCGAGACCACCGGCCAACCGCUGCCCGAAUCUCUAGCCGAAGGGGAGGGGCUUUUGCGCAGGCCCCUCCUCCCUGGCGAGCAGCAUCACCUUCUUGCCAGGCAAGAGGUCCGGGAGUACUCUCGCGUCCAGGACACGCCUCUUCAUCAGGUCGUCAAUCCCAGCAACACCACAGCACCCAGUAACAGCACAGUGAACGGCGUGAGGACUUGACCGCGUGCGUGUUCAUGCGUCGAUCCGAGCCAGCACAGGGCCGUAUGAAGAACAGCUGCAGUGAUCUGAUUGGCCCGCAUCAUGAGGUUACAAGCGCUAAGAUUUCUUACAGCAUUUGAACCGGUGAAUGAUGCCAAACUAACGACUACUCGUAUGUCAAACUUCUUAAUCCAGGACGGAUGAAUGGAUGUAGUGUCGUUGAUGGUGUGGUGAAAAUGAAUAUUGACGUAAUUUCAGUCGAGCAACGAGACUAUUUUUCAAACGACUACUGAGUUCAGGCUGAUGUUGGCAAAUUGCCUCACAGUUUUUAGCUUUUCUAUAGUUUUGUACUACAUCCAGGAAAAAAAAAAUACAAUCAAUCAUGUUAGUCUUAAUUUCUGAUGCAUGUGAGUACACUCAUGCAUGUGUGUGUGUGUGUGUGUGUGUGUGUGUGGAAAGAACGACGAGGAAAGCGAGACCUGAUUAAUUGAUUAUGAUGUUUUGGAAGAAAGGAAAAAAGCUUUAGUCAUCUGAAAACAUCUCAGCGUUCAGAUCGGGUUUCAUUUCAGAGCGGGUCGAGUGUUUUAAGGGAAUCCGGCACAGGUCUGUUGUGCGUGUGUGUGUGAAUAUUAUAGUUUUUACACUCUCGCCGUUUGUGUUCGGAAAUGAAAACAGAGCAAAGCACAGACACAGUAAGGGCUGCUGACUCGGCUGCUCAGUAUUUCCUAUUAAAUGUUUUGGGCAGUGUUUUAUUUUUUUUCCCCGUAACCACUGAAUAUGUGAAUGUAAAAUGUUUUUUCGUUACUAAACGAGUUUAUUGAUGAAGCACACAAAAAAAAAUUCGGACUGUUUCCUGCUCUUUUUUUUUUUCCCCUGUCCUACAUGGAUAUACUGUAUACCUGGCCUUAGAUUGUGACUGAUAAUCGGAGAUCUAAAUUUAAUUGAUUUCUGAUAUAAAAGAAAAAACUGAUUGGACACGAUUUAAAAAAAAAAUAUGUUUUUUUGGUGUCAGGACAAAAGAUUCUUUAAUUUUAACUUCAUUUCGCUGGCUUAAAAUAAAUAAAAUACACAGAAUUAAACGUUUGACUGCUAUUUAAAUGGUCAUUUGAUAUGACGGAAGUGACUCCAUGAUUGAAAUGUACUUCUUUUAUAACGGCUGUUCUAUAGUGUUUCUCAUCAGUAAUACGCAGGUAAAUGCAGUGCAAUUCAUGGAAAAUAUUUCUUUCCACUGUUCGUUUUUAUAAGACAUGCCAUUUGUGAAUAAAUACAUUUGAAUAACA